AUGAAAAAGGAGAUUCAAUGUGCGGCGAUCCAGUAUGGAACUGGUGCAAUUUCAGGUUUCUUCCACCAGGACCAUGUCCAAGUCGGUGAUCUUGUUGUUAAGGAUCAGGACUUUAUUGAGGCAACCAAAGAGCCUGGAGUCACAUUUGUGGCAGCUAAGUUUGAUGGUAUUCUUGGACUUGGAUUUCAAGAUAUCUCAGUUGGAGAUGCUGUUCCUGUCUGGUAUAAUUUGGUCAAUCAAGGUCUUGUUAAAGAACCAGUUUUCUCAUUUUGGUUAAAUCGCAAUACAGAAGGGGAAGAAAGGGGUGAGAUUGUCUUUGGUGGGGUUGAUUCUAGUCAUUUCAAGGGUGAGCAUACAUAUGUUCCCGUGACUCAGAAAGGCUACUGGCAGUUUGAUAUGGGUGAUGUCUUAAUUGAUGGUGAAUCAUCUGGAUUUUGUGCUAAUGGCUAUUCAGCAAUUGCUGACUCAGGCACCUCCCUAUUGGCUGGACCAACGGAAGUAUGGAGAGGUGGUGGAGGCUGUGAUCAUGAGGGAUCGUGCAAAAGGGGAGAUAAGAUUAAUGGCCUUGGCCAGGCCCUCAAGCUUUCAAUCAAAGCUAAAGCAAUAUUGAGCGUGCCACUAUGA